CUUACUGAUCUGUAGAGAUGUCUGAGUUAGGUUCUUUUGACAAUCCGGUUAAGUUCAAAGAUCAAGACUCUGACGUCCUGCUGCAGAAGUGCCUCAGCUCUGCAGUUCUGUUCUCAGACACGGUGUUUGCAGCGAACCAAAGCUCCCUCGGUAUUCCUGUGGAUCCUGAUCCUAAAAAGGCAGUGAAGUGGCUGCGCCCAAAGGAAAUCACAAGUAAUGCUGUCUUUGUUGAGGGCACCAUGGGCACCACCGAUAUCUGCCAGGGCCAGCUGGCCGCGAGACACUGCACUGAUCUCAGAGCCUCCUGCAGAGUCCCUGCUGAGAGAUGCAACAUGGAGCCGCCGCAGGCCACUCACAUCAAAAACACGACAAAUGUACUAGAAACAGGGAGGGAUGAAAGCAGAGAGAAGAAAGAGGGACCUCGAGACACUGCGCUGAUUUUAAAGCCUCCUGCAGAGUCUCUGCUGAGAGAUGCAACAUGGAGCCGCCGCAGGCCACUCACAUCAAAAACAUGA